AUGAGCACUGGUGGUAUCGCAAAUGCCUUGUAUAACGUUCCUUAUAAAUUCCGCGGCCUUGAAACGAUCGGCAUCAUAGUCUUCUUGUUUAACAUUGCACUAUACAUUACAAUAUGGUGUAUUCUGCUGCUGCGAUUCUACCUACAUCCAUAUACCUUCAGAUUAUCACUUACGCAUCCAACAGAAUCAUUGUUUGUGCCUGCAUCUAUGGUCUCAUUUGGAACAAUCUUGAUCAAUAUUUCUCAGUACGGUCCAGAGGCUACAGGACCUUGGCUAAGUUAUGCCGUCGGUGUGUUAUUCUGGAUCGAUGCUGCUCUUGCAGUGAUCUUCUCUGCCGGUAUCUACCUGCUGCUGUGGUCGACUCAGACGUUCACAAUAGCCCAGAUGACACCUAUAUGGAUCUUCCCGGCGUACCCUAUGUUGAUAAUAGGUCCCCAUGCAGGGAUCUUAAGUGCAAAACUUGAACCCUCUCGGGCCUUACCUAUAAUCAUUGGGGGAACAACUAUACAGGGAAUAGGGUUCCUAGUAACCCUUACCGUUUACUCGGCCUAUGUCUACAGACUUUUUAGUCAGAAAUUGCCUAGGGAAAAUGUGCGUCCCGGCAUGUUUGUCUCUGUUGGUCCCAGUGCCUUCACUGUCUCAGGACUUGUGACCAUGGCUGCCCAUGCAAAGCGAAGCUUUCCCGAUGACUUUAUGGGCAACGGCGCCCUGGCUGCAAACAUUCUCGAAGUGGUUGUCAAUUUCGCUUGUCUGUGGCUCUGGGGCCUGGCGAUAUUUUUCUUCUUUAUUGCCACUUUUGCUCACUGGUCAACCAUUGGCCCUGGCCGAAUGAAUUUUUCAAUGGCGUGGUUCUCAUUUGUCUUCCCUAACACUGCCUUGAUCACCGCCACGUUCGCCAUUGGGAACGCUUUCUCAUGCAAGCCGAUUCUGAUCAUAGGCUGUGCCAUGAUUUUUCCUCUCAUACUAAUGUAUGUCUUCGUCUUUUACAUGAUGAUUCGAGCCAUCGUCUUACGGCAAAUUAUGUGGCCACAGAAGGGCGAGGACAAAGAUGAGGGCGGAUUUGAGAUUAAUCGAAUCAAGCCCGAGACGCCUGAUGAACAGACCCCCGUCUGA